AUGGCGGACGCAGCUGCAGCACCAGCCGGUGAUAGUCCGAGGGGUGGGUUCCGUGGUGGCUUUGGAGACAGGGGUCGAGGCCGUGGUCGGGGUGGAGGUCGUGGCCGUGGCAGAGGUCGUGGACGAGGUGCUAAGGAUGGUGACAAGGAGUGGGUACCUGUGACCAAACUUGGGCGUCUCGUUAAGGAUGGCAAAAUCAAGUCAUUGGAAGAGAUUUAUCUCUUCUCACUGCCAAUGAAGGAGUGUGACAUCAUUGACGUUUUCCUGCCACCUGGAACGUUGAAGGAUGAAGUGCUGAAGAUUAUGCCUGUUCAGAAGCAGACUCGUGCCGGUCAAAGAACCAGAUUUAAGGCUUUUGUAGCAGUUGGAGACUACAAUGGUCACGUUGGACUGGGUGUGAAGUGCUCUAAGGAAGUGGCCACUGCCAUCCGAGGAGCCAUCAUACUUGCCAAACUUUCAUUCGUUCCAGUGAGGCGAGGCUACUGGGGCAACAAAAUUGGAAAGCCCCAUACAGUGCCAUGCAAAGUCACUGGGAAAUGUGGCAGUGUUUUGGUGAGGCUGAUUCCAGUCCCAAGAGCUACUGGCAUUGUCAGUGCCCAUGUGCCCAAGAAACUACAGACCAUGGCUGGGAUUGAAGAUUGCUACACCUCUGCCAGGGGUGCAACCUCCACUCUGGGGAACUUCGCUAAAGCUACCUACGCAGCGAUUGCAAAGACAUAUUCAUAUCUGACCCCCGACUUCUGGAAGGAAACUGUGUUCACCAAACCUCCUUACCAGGAGUUUACUGACUACUUGAUGAAAAACCACAGCAGAACAAAUGUUCAGCGCCAAGAACAGAAAGUCUACUAA